GUGAUGCAAUGGUCGCAGGUGGCCAAGUUAACUUUAAUUAUGAGUGUGUAGCUACGCCAACUACUAAUCCGAAUAUGAAGAUACGCAUCUCCACACGAACCUGUGGACGCAAUAAACGAAAACCAAAUGAUCAACUAACGAAAGUGAAUAGAAACGAAGAAAACAUAUUCGAUACAUUCCGGACCUAUUAAAACUGCCAGUAUUACAUUAACCUUUGUUGGGCAACUGCAUUGAUUAUAGUUCGGCAUAUACUGUUUUUGUUGUUUUCACUGACUCCAGCGCUUUUAUGAUUAGUCGCACGGUAAACGGCAAAUGCAUUCGGUCUGCGCAUCCAUAGCGUGCGACUUGUAUGUGUGGUUGUGGCGUCGCACACCAAGAAAGCUACAAUAACGGCAAACACAUGAUGACAUCGCUGCCAAAAGCUGAAGUUUGCGUCGCGUGUCUUUUGUUUUCGUAUAAAUGACUGUCUCUCGCCUCUGUCAGCAUCAGUUCAUGUUUUAGGUUGCAUUAAAGACUCAUCAUAGCAGAUUUUCAGUGAAACCACAUUCGAGGAAAAUUCAAAAUGAGGAUAUCUGUUUGUAUGCUCGCCAUUUUAAUUGGGUCAAGCUCGGCGGGUUUUCUCGGUGGUAGCUCCGGUGGUGGAGGUACUUAUGGUGGUGGUCCCGGUGGACACGGCGGGCAUGGAGGUCACGGAGGUCAUGGUGGUCACGGUGGUCACGGUGGAUAUGGUGGUUCAGGAGGUAGCGGAGAGAUAAAAACUAUUCAAAUCAUUCAUGAAGAAGCCACUGGACACGGCGGAAGUUACGGGAGUCACGGCGGUCAAGGGGGCCAUGGGCAUCACGGUGGUUUUGCUGGCCAUGGGAUAGGUGGAGGGGACGUCAAAACCAUAAAAGUUAUUCAUGAACAGGGAGGAGCAGUCGGCGGACACCAUGGUGGUAAUGGUGGUCAUGGACAUGGUGGGGGCCAUGGUGGCAGCUUUGGAACCAUCAAAGUUAUACACCAACAAGCUGGUGGCAAUGGAUUCUCAAAUGGUUAUGCUGGCAAUGGAGGCUACAGUUAUGGCAAUGGCGGACAUGGGGGCCAUGCUGGUGGUCAUGCUGGUGGACUUGAUGGGGGUGCACCAGGUGGUGGUGUGGUAAAAACAAUUAAAGUUAUUCAUGAGCAGGGACAUGCAGGUGGCCAUGGAGUGGGAGGCACAAUUGGUGGAGGAGCUAUUGGCGGUGGUCACGAUGAAGUGAAGACCAUUAAAGUCAUUCAUGAGCAAAGUGGUGCAGUGGGCGGUGGUUCCGGUGGAGGUUAUAAUUAUGGAAGUGCAGCUGGAGGUGCUGUUGGUGGCGGCGAGGUCAAAACUAUCAAAGUCAUUCAUGAGCAAGCCGGAGGUGUAGGUGGUGGUGCUUUUGGUGGAAGCGCAAUCGGUGGUGGUGAAGUGAAAACCAUCAAAGUAAUUCAUGAGCAAGCCGGUAUCGGAGGUCAUUCUAGCGGUGAUCAUGGUGGACAUAAUGUCGGUGGAAACGAUUCAUUUGAAACGAUAAAGUCACUCAAAUUAAUUGGUGAAUUAGAUGGUGGUUAUGGCGGUUCAGGGGAAAAUGCGAAUGGUGGAGGCCAUUUCAGUGGUGGAGCAUCCGCAAGUGGCAAUGUCGGCGGUGACUCCGGCGCUGGAUACCUGCCCCCAGUUAAUGAAUACGUGCCUCCAUCAAGUGAGUACGGUCCUCCAUCAAAUCAGUAUGGACCUCCACCAAGCCAGUAUGGGCCUCCAUCCAACCAGUAUGGACCUCCAUCCAACCAGUACGGGCCUCCAUCCAACGAGUACGUGCCGCCAGCGAACGGAUACGUACCUCCCUCAAAUCAGUACCUGCCACCAAGAUUGUAA